CGGGCACCCGUUUCUCGUCGUCGACUCUCUCACCCAUCUCCGCCGACAUUCUGACCGUGCUUGGCCGCACUUUCCCUUGCACCACCCGCGCUUUCCUGACAUCGCUCUCCGCAUCCCCUCCAGACCCUUUUCCCCACCACCACACACACCACCGCCCACCAUGCCCGGCGCACUACGAAGCCGCCUCCGCCGCGUCCUCACCGGGCAGGAGGGCGAGGGCGGCAUUGCAGGCAAGAUGAAGCGCAGCAAGAAAGAGGACCCCUGCGAGCCUGAGAGCGACUUUUACAAGCCUGGCGAGAAGAUGCCGCCCAUGAAGUACCGCCGCCCCGUCGACCCUGAGCACAAGGAGAAACUCGAGGCCUUUACCUGGAAGAAGGCAUGGCGCCGCCGUAGUCACCAGAGCCUGUACUCGCCAAUGGGCAGCCGCUUGCCGAGCCGCAAGGGCAGCUUCAGGAGUCGCCGCAGCCGCAGUCGCAGCGUGCACCGCAGUCGCCGCUCCAGCUUCCACAGCGAUUACGAUCACGACGACGACGACACAUGGGUCGACAGCGGCAUCGGCGCGAGCAUCUCCGACAGCGAGCGACCGGCCAACAUCCGCGAGGCCAGUGACGACGAGGGCGACGUUCUUAAUGUCGGCCUCUCCCGCAAUCCCACCCAGGACCCUCGCGACACACGGAAAGAGUCGACCGCCGGCCGUCGCCGCUCCAGCUCCAUCCACUCGGUACGACCCAGCAGCACACGUCCCGGCACUGGGUCCGACCGCACUCGCCAGAACUCACAGCCCUUCACCCCUGAGGAUCUCGAGCUAGCGCUGAAGAAAUCGCACCUCGACGCCAAGAAACUCGAAGCCAUCCAGCAAAGCGAGGGCUGCACGCCGGGCGACAAGGACGACGACAGCGAAUGUUCAAGCUCAAGCCCCUUCGACAACCUGCGCCCCCGCGGUGGAUCCAUCUUCGUCCCACAGGACUCUGACAGCCCUGGAAUGUUCCCUGGAUGGAACUUUGUCUCAUCCCCCACUAAGGGUGGACCCUCGUACUUCCCACCCAAAGACGGCGGUAUUCCCCUCCAAUUCGAGCGACGUGAAUCUGUCUUUCAUUCGAACGAAGAGUCUGUUUUCCAGAGGCAAGGGUCAAACGAAAACGCGCCCCAAGCCGGGCGACGUGGCUCGACGUACGCGCCAGAUGAAGAAGAAGACCACGUUCCUGCCCUCGCUGCGCCGCCUGCUGAGCCACCCAAGCGCAAGCCUAUUGUCACCUGUCCCAGCGACGAGAUCAUGAAAAUCCUCGCUCGCAAGGACUGAACAACGACACAACAUUCACUUCACUUGUCAAUAUUACUGCAUCGAUUUUGUGCACCUAGGGUCCGCACACUGCAUUUCCGGCGUUGAACGACUUAUCGUUUGGAGUUAUCAGGCCUCGUGCCACAUUUGUUCACGCAUUGGGAGGCUGUCAUGAUAGACUGUUACAUGGCCUAGUAUUGAAUUAUCAGACGGGAGAAGCACAUGGCUAUA